GUAAUAUAUCUGGACACAGCCCGAGACCUUCAGUCAAGGCUAAACUGAUAAAAUCACUCGGAUGAGCAGUGAAACCGCAAACUUUGAGGAAUAAAGUGCAUUUAUGCACGAAAAGCUCGACAAAAUACAGCGGAAAGUGGCAAAGGAGGAACGUUUAAUCGGAGCAUUCGUUUAUCACGGAGAACUUAAAGUGAUGCACGCUUGAACAGAACUUUAUUGCAUGAAGUUCAAAUGAGCACAUACAUGAAUGCAAGCCCACGAAUGUGACCCAAGAACACGCGCUGAGGGAUCAAAGCAUAAGCAGCUUUUGGCUUCAUAACAGAGUCAUUGUUGGACUUGGACUGUUGUUUUUGUACUGCAUUUACAUAUCUGAUGAAGAUGAUGACGAUGGUGAACCUCGUGAGAGGCUCUGUGAUGAAGAUCCACGGCCUGUGUCGGGCAUCUCGAAGUCUGUCAGCUGAAGGCGGUGUGCGUGGGUUGUCUUCCACAUCCGGUCCAAAAGUGUGUAUUGUAGGUGGAGGGCCUGCAGGUUUUUACACAGCACAACAACUUCUGAAGGCUCAGCAGGAUGCAUCCGUAGACAUUUAUGAGAGGCUGCCGGUGCCGUUUGGACUGGUACGGUUUGGGGUCGCACCCGAUCAUCCAGAGGUCAAGAAUGUCAUUAACACCUUCACUCAGACGGCCCACCAUGAGCGAUGCAACUUCCAUGGCAAUGUGAAUGUGGGUAAAGAUGUGACGAUUGACGAGUUACGACAAGCAUACCAUGCUGUAGUGCUGAGUUAUGGAGCUGAAGGCAAUCGGUCAAUGGGAAUUCCUGGUGAAGAUUUAGCUGGUGUUUUCCCAGCUAAAGACUUCGUCGGAUGGUACAAUGGACUGCCCAGAAAUAAAGAGAUGCAUCCUGAUCUUGCAUGUGAGACAGCUGUGAUUCUUGGUCAAGGAAAUGUGGCUCUUGAUGUGGCUCGAAUACUGCUGGCUCCUUUGGACGUGCUAAAGGAAACAGAUAUUACUCAGAAUGCACUAGAUGCGUUGGCAAGCAGUAAAGUGCGAAGGGUUUUGCUCGUAGGCCGACGAGGGCCUCUUCAAAUCGCAUGUACCAUCAAGGAACUCAGAGAGAUGGUCAAUCUACCAAACACCAGGGCUGAUAUGCUGCCCACAGACUUUGAGGGCAUCGCAGAAGCUUUGAAAGACAUGCCCAGACCAAGAAAAAGACUGACGGAGUUGAUGAUGAAAGCCGUAAAAGAAGGAGGAGAUGAUAAAGCUGAGAAAUGCUGGGGUUUCCGCUUCUUUCGCAGUCCUGUGGAGGUUCUGGCGGGGGCUGGUGGGAAAAGAGCUACUGGAAUCCGAUUGGCUCUUAAUAAGCUUGAGGGUUCGGGUGAGAAUGCGCGUGCAGAGCCCACUGGUCAACUGGAGGACGUAGACUGUGGCCUGAUCAUCAGCAGUAUCGGCUAUAAAAGCAUUCCCAUUGACCCUGCUGUGCCCUUUGACCUCCGAAAGGCCAUCGUGCCCAAUGAGAUGGGAAGAGUGCAGGAUACAGCAGGUCUGUACUGCAGUGGCUGGGUGAAACGCGGACCUACCGGUGUGAUUGCAACCACCAUGAACGACAGUUUUGAUACGGCACGCAUUUUAAUUCAGGAUAUGGAUGCAGGCAAGCUGGAUAUGUCAGUCAGCAAACCAGGCGCUCAGGCAAUCACUGCUCUACUGCAAAAACGAGGUGUGAGAACGGUGCUUUUUCAACAAUGGGAGAAAAUUAAUGCAGAGGAGGAGAAAAGAGGCAAGUCCCUCGGAAAACCCAGGGAAAAACUUCUGGAUGUGGACGAGAUGCUAAAAAUCGCCUGGUCCUGAAACUCAACACAAUGAUGCCUUUAAAGCGAACAGAAGUGCUGCCAGGAACAUAUCUGAACUAACGCCAAAAAUGGUCUCACCCCAUCUAAACUCAGCUUCAAACUGUUUUUUUUUCCUCUUUGGAACAGGAUAAAGGAUGACAUUUGGAAGAAUGUUCAUUCCACUCUUGUUCACACAGUGAAGAAUGACACUUCAUGCUUAAAAAAUUUGGAUAUGUGACUCACAUCAAACCACCAUUUGACUUCAGACUUCUGGAAAUAUAGUGCAUAAAUGAUAUGGAUGUUUUAUUGUGGAUUCACUUUCGUUGCAUAAUAAGAGCAAUUAUGUUAUUCUUUUAAACAUUUUCACAGAAGGAAUGUUUCCCACAGGAUUUUGUGAGACUAUCUAGGAGGAGGCAGAUUUAAUUUUUAUUAAAAAAAGCCAUUUGAAAUUAGAACCACUGCAUUUUAAUCACACUACAAACAAAGAUGCUACACACACACACAGAGUUUUUUUUUUUAUUUAAAUUUGAUUGUAUCAUUUCAACAUUUAAAGCAAAAUGGUCUGAAUUUAGCUUUAUGCUAUAUUAUGCUAUAACUUGCAUAAAAAAAGCAGACAGGCUGAGUUUCAUUCUCUGACAGCAGGUGUCGCUUAUGGAACAACAGUGAUAAGAGAGAAAAAUGCUGUCAAAAGUCCGCUUCCAGAACAACAAUUCACAAAUAAUUUACUAACCCCCUUGUCAUCCAAGAUGUUAAUGUCUUUCUGUCUUCAGUAGUGAAGAAAUUAUGGUUUUUGAGGAAAACAUUUCAGGAUUUUCCUCCAUAUAAUGGACUUCAUUGGUGCCCCGAUUUUGAACUUCCAAAAUGUACUUUAAAUGCAGCUUCAAAAGGCUCUAAAUGAUCCCAGCCGAGGAAGAAGGGUCUUACACUUUCGGUUUUAGUUUGACGGAUACUUGGCCGAAGCAAUGGCACAAAACACAACAUUAAUGCCUUUUAUAAAUCUAUUUUCUUUUUACUAUGAAACCGAGAAAGACAGAUUAGACUGUGGUGGGUUGCCACAGAGUCAUCAUAUCAUUCCACUGUUUACCAUGCAUUAACUAGACUGUUUUUAUAAAAGAAAGAUGAGAUGGCUUUAAUGAUUUGUGACUUUAUUUACCAAGUUCAGUAUCAUUAAAGAAUUAAGUCUGGUGAGAUUCUGAUUGAGUUUCUUGUUAAUGAAUUUUUUAGCUUUGAUGUCAAGACAUGGACUUCCAGUAAUUACUACUAUUUCUCCUAAGUGAUCCUGGAGUCACAUCAAACAGUGAAGUCAGACCAGACUUUAUCUAAAUAAUGCAAGAUGCUAACGUAUUGUUAUUCAUGUCAUUCAUGCCAGAACAAACAAAAAUGUGUUUGUGAAAUGGCUUCAGUCUACACUGAUAAUAUUUUUACAUAAUAAAUAAUAGAUAAGAAUCCUGCUUCAACGCUGGAUGUCAUGCCAAGUUCCCUCAUUCGCAAACAGCUUGAUUGACAGGCAGUCUGACAAAUCAUAACACAGAAUCCACCAUUCCAUCCGACAAACAAAUCAGACAGGAGAAAAGAUCAGAUAGAACUUCGGUGGACUUAAACUUGAAACAUUGUGUGUAUUGAUGUCUUUCUGCGGUUGAAAUAAAAUACAUUCUGAUGUUCA